AAACUCUUCAUUGAACUGAUAAGCAGAGUAGGACAAAAGUACAAAAGCUCCCAUGUGGGUUCUUUUCAUCCACCCAAAUUUAUUUGAGCACUUCUAAGCUUUGGAGUACAUUUUCUUCUAAGUGAAAGGGAACCUGCUUUCUAUCCUUUUUUGGUUUUUAAUUUGAAGACACCCCUUUUGAGCUCUUUUGAAGUUGUUUUACAGUUUUUUGUUGAAUACCCAGUUUUUGUUUCUGCUUGGUUUCUCCAUUUCACUGGUUGUUUUUAUGGGAAAUUGACAAAAGAUUUGAUUUCUAUUUUUGGGCUUUUGAUAUAAGGAGCGAAACUUUUGCAGUUUUGCCUUUCUUGUUUUUUCCUUUUCUUCUGGGUGUUGGUAUUAAGAAUGAUGUCAGUGACAUGCCAUAAUCUUGAUUUUGCAACAAGAGUGCUUGAUUUGGUUACUUGUGGCACUUCUUCUAAUGCUUCAAUUGAAAGGCACUCAGUGAAGAACUACGGAAAAACAAUCUCAAACGCUAGUUGUAAAGGCUGUGGAGGUAGACGAAUGGUGUACUGUAGGCAAAACACUACUGGAAGUCGGGUGUUCCCCACAAAAGCUCCAGAGCCUCUGCUUGAUGGAGUUGGUCGAAGUACUGCACCAGUGCUGGAUUUGAAGAAAGAGCUCAGAAGCCCAAUUUCACUGGCAAACUUGUUUAAAGUGGUUGCUGAUGACCUCCAGAUUCUAAAUCAAAAUCUCCAGUCAAUUGUUGGUGCAGAGAACCCUGUUCUGAUGUCUGCAGCUGAGCAGAUCUUUGGUGCUGGGGGCAAGAGGAUGAGACCGGCCUUGGUGUUCCUAGUUUCAAGAGCUACAGCAGAGUUAGUUGGAUUGAAGGAACUUACCACAAAGCAUCGGCGUUUGGCUGAGAUCAUUGAGAUGAUCCAUACUGCAAGCUUGAUACAUGAUGAUGUAUUAGAUGAAAGUGACAUGCGAAGAGGGAAAGAAACUGUUCACCAACUGUAUGGCACAAGAGUAGCAAUACUGGCUGGGGACUUCAUGUUUGCCCAGUCAUCAUGGUACCUUGCAAAUCUUGAAAACCUUGAAGUCAUUAAACUCAUCAGCCAGGUUAUUAAGGAUUUUGCAAGUGGUGAGAUUAAGCAGGCAUCCAGUUUGUUUGACUGUGACCUUGAACUUGAGGAGUACUUGCUAAAGAGUUACUACAAAACAGCUUCUUUGAUUGCGGCUAGUACCAAAGGAGCUGCUAUUUUUAGUGGGGCUGAUCGUAGUGUCACUGAGCAAAUGUAUGAAUUCGGGAAGAAUCUUGGUCUAUCAUUCCAAGUUGUUGAUGACAUAUUGGAUUUCACACAAUCGGCAGAGCAGCUGGGGAAGCCAGCUGGUAGUGAUCUAGCGAAAGGCAACCUGACAGCACCAGUGAUUUUUGCUCUAGAAAAAGAGCCAAAACUUAGAGAAAUCAUUGAAUCGGAGUUCUGUGAGACCGGUUCUCUUGAUGAAGCAAUUGAAUUGGUCAAGAAAUGUGGAGGAAUUGAAAGAGCGCAAGUGUUAGCAAAAGAGAGAGCUGAUCUUGCAAUUAAGAAUCUACAGUGUCUUCCUCAGAGCGCUUUUCGGUUAGCUCUUGAAGACAUGGUGAUGUUUAAUCUCGAAAGGAUUGACUAGUUAGAUAAUGUUUCACAGUAUGAGAACUUCCUUGAAGGAGGACACGAUUAUUUGCAAAAAAUAGCUGAGCCAGAAAAGGAGAAGGCUUGAAGGUGAAGCCUCUACUGAUAUAGAAAAAGCUUUCUUAGCACAUUAGUUGGUUAGUGUUGCUGAAUCCAGGUUCCUUGUGACUGGUUGUAUAUUCAUACAAGGUAUUGAGCUUUGACCUGAGCUCCUAAUAUCAUUUUUAUUCAAUUCUAGAUUGGUCUGGCGGAAAACAAUAAUUCUCAACUAAAUUGUUGCCACGAUAAAGUUUUUGAGGUCAUCAAUAAAUAUUUUUUCAUUUCCAGAUUGUGUACAAAUUAAAUAACUUGGUAUGACAAUGCAUGGGAGCAUGUUGGACUAUGGUAGAUAAUGCAUUUACAAUGUAUGAAAGGAAAUUUUAGCUUG